UGGCUCUCCUGAGAUGAGAUUGUAAGUGGUUCGCGCCAUGGCCGUCUUGACAGAUAAUAAUCUUUUCUAGAAAACAGUCGUGACAGAUAGCAAUGGCGCGCGCCAAUGGCAACGCUCGCUAUAUAAACACGAGCGCAGGCAGCUGCACCACUGUGGUCGGCCCCGUAACUCGCCGUGCGUUUCGUUUGCCAAAAAUGGGGCCUAAGCCAACGCUCGCCGCCACCGCCGCGUCCUUGCUCGCCGUCCUGGCCGCCGUCCACCUUGCCGUCGCGGCGACCGCGGUGGACGACGCCCCGCUGCCGAGGCUCCCGCAGCACGACAUCCCGGCCGUGUUCGCGUUCGGCGACUCCACGCUCGACACGGGCAACAACAACGUCCUGCCCACCAUGGUCCGCGCCGACCACGCGCCCUACGGCCGCGAGUUCCCCGGGGGCGCGCCCACGGGCCGCUUCUCCGACGGGAAGCUCCUCACCGACUACCUCGUGGAGGUGCUCGGCAUCAAGGAGCUCCUCCCGGCGUACCGCUCCGGCGCCGCCAACCUCACGGCCGCGGACCUAGCCACGGGCGUCUGCUUCGCGUCCGCCGGCUCCGGCCUCGACGACGCCACGGCCACCAACGCCGGCGUGGCGACGUUCGGCUCGCAGCUCGCGGACUUCAAGCAGCUCCUUGGCAAGAUAGGCGCCCGGAAGGCCCGCAAGGUGGUGAAGAAGUCGGUGUUCCUCGUGUCCGCCGCGACCAACGACAUGAUGAUGAACUACUACAUGCUGCCGUCGGGGAGGAGCAAGUACACGCUCGAGCAGUACCAUGACCUUCUCAUCGGCAACCUUCGAUCUUACAUUCAGGGCAUGUACGAGCUGGGCGCCCGGAGGAUGCUGGUGGCGGGGCUGCCGCCGGUGGGGUGCCUCCCGCUGCAGCUGACGAUGGCGGAGCUGCGGCAGCCGCCGAGGCCGCAGGGGUGCAUCGCGGAGCAGAACGCGGCGGCGGUGAGCUACAACGCCAAGCUGCAGCGGAUGCUCGCCGAGCUCCAGUCCCGCUCGCCCGGGGCCAGGGCCGUGUACGCCGACAUCUACAGCCCGCUCAAGGACAUGGUCGACCACCCCGGCAAGUACGGUUUCGUGGAGGCGAGCAAGGGCUGCUGCGGCACCGGGCUCCUGGAGAUGGGGCCGCUGUGCACCGAUAUGGUCCCGACGUGCGCGAAGCCGUCCGAGUUCAUGUUCUGGGACUCUGUCCACCCCACGCAGGCCACCUACAAAGCUGUCGCCGAACACUUCAUUCAGGCCAACAUCCUCCGGUUCGACAAUUGAAUGCUGCUUAGCUGACACAGACACACGGUUCUUAUAGGGUCUGUGUCCAAGCUAGCUAAUGAUGGCUUUGCAUACGGAAGAUUGUACUCAAGUUCAGGUCGAUCCAAAGGGUGGAAACCAAAAUGUAUUUGCGAGAUACUAUAUAAGUUAUGAAGUUCACGUCUGCCACUUAUGCCA